AAAGAAAAAUGUGAGGUCAGUAAAAAUGCAAAACACGACUAGCCCAACUUCUUCUCAUAACAAAAAGUCAGGGUUUUUCGACUCCCUCAUCUUCUUCAUCCCAGCGUAACACAGUGUCGUCGCUGCAUUCAUUGCCUCUUCCAAAACGGGUUCCUCUUAACUUCCCAUAAACAGAUCGGAAACCACCGUGACUUCGCCACCACUGUUGCCGUCCAAUGCAGAGGCACCACCGUGACAAUGUUGUUGCCAUCGCACGUGUUUGGUUGGCUUGAUCGUCGGACAGGGCUUCCACUGUGACUGCAGAGAAAAUUUUCAGUUAGAGAAGCGAAGCAAUAGGAAGUGAGAGAGAAAGGGAGAGUUACUCAGGUCACGAUUGAGUUCGCAGAGAGUGAGGGAACCGGGAGGAGGCCCACCAUUGUUUUCCUGCUUUCUUCUUCCAUCAUGAUGAUAUACAAUAAAUUAUUGAAGUAAUUUUCAAUUAGUAUUAAAAACUUCAUUUUUAUUAUUAAUGAUAUUGUUAACUUUUCCCUCUAGGAAUAGAAGUGAUUUUUCCUUUGAACACUGCAAAAAAGAUACUGUAAUUGGUUCUAUCAGAACCGAAACCUGAGUUCAAUGCAAUGAAUUUCUUGCAUAGUCCUAGACACAGGUUCCUCUCACCCUUUACCCUCUUCACCCAACGCCGAUGGAAGAAACCUACCGUUUCCGCCCAAACCCGUUUGGAGGACAGAGUACGAGACCCCCACUUCGACAAACUUAUGACUCACCUCAAAAGACUCUACCAUGUCCUCGAAAUCCACCAACUCAUGUCCACCCGCAAGCGCGCUCCCUUCGUGUCCCUCACACUCAUGUCCCGCUGGAGAAACAUCCUUGGACUCAAUGUCCCUGUGGGCUCCUUCCUCCACAAAUACCCUCACGUGUUCCACGUGUUCGUCCAUCCAUUCAGGAAGAACACGUGCUGCAGGGUCACAAAAAAGAUGAUAGAGUUGAUCUUGCUUGAAGGGGUGGUGGUGAGGCAGCAGGAGAUGGAGGCUGUGAAGAGGGUGAAGAAGUUGCUGAUGAUGUCUGUGAGUGGCUCUCUUCGUUUGCACGCUUUGAGGAUGAUCAGGAGGGAACUGGGUCUCCCUGAGGAUUUCAGAGAUUCCAUUCUUGGGAAGUUCAGUGGGGAUUUUAAAUUGGUUGGUUUGGAGGUUGUGGAAUUGGUUGAUUGGGAUGCAGAAUUGGGAUUGGCUGAGGUCGAGAAAUGGAGGGAGAGAGAGUACACAGAGAAGUGGUUGAGUGAGUUUGAGAUAAAGUUUGCAUUUCCCAUUGGUUUCCCAACUGGGUUUAAGAUUGAGAGAGGGUUUAGAGAGAGAUUGAAGAAUUGGCAGAGGCUUUCAUACACUAAACCUUAUGAGCGGAAGGAGGUUGUUAGGGUGAGGACUUGUGGAGGGAUUGAACGGUAUGAGAAGAGGGCUGUGGCUAUUCUUCACGAGCUAUUGAGCUUGACUGUGGAGAAAAUGGUUGAGGUUGAUCAACUGGCUCAUUUUCGUAGAGACUUAGGCAUUGAAGUUAAUGUGCGGGAAUUGCUGCUAAGACACCCUGGUAUAUUUUACAUAUCAACUAAAGGGAAGACACUAACUGUUUUCCUUAGGGAAGCAUAUCGUAAAGGGGGAUUGAUUGAACCGAAUCCCAUGUAUGAAGCGCGAAGGAAUAUGUUGAAUCUUGUACUCUUAGGAUGUAGGAAAACCAGAACAUUGUUGGCUGGUGAUGAGGCUAAGGAAGAGAGUAAUGUUGUAGUCUGUGAAGUGAAUGAGGAAGGUGAAAGACAAGGAGAUUGGGUGAUUCCUUUCUUGGAGAACUGUGAGGAGAGUAGAUGCAUUGGCGUCCUCCUCUCCAUGCUUCAUGAGUGCAGACUCUGGCUCUGCGGCUAGGCUUUCGAGUGCAUUCUUCGUAUGACUUUUCUCUUUUUUGAGUUCCAUGUCGGAGUUGGCGAUUCCUUUGCUCACACUGCCUAUAGAAGCUAGAGCCCAUAAACACUCUGGCAUUUUCUGUUUGGGGGGUGUUUGGAUUUUAUUGGAUUGGUGUGGGUGACCAAGCACUUUUGGAAGAUUCUCCAAGGCUCUACUGGACAUAAAUCAUGCUGGUUCUGGGGGACUGUGGGCAGAACUUGUGAGCAAUAGAGGCUUUGAAGCUGGAGGACCAGACAACACCUUAAAUAUUUAUCCUUGGUCAGUUAUUGGAAAUGAGUCACCCAUUUCUGUAUCAAUAAACCAUACCUCUUGCUUUGAGCGUAAUAAAGCUGCAUUACAAAUGAAGGUGUAUUGUGGGGGUCUCAAACCUUGCCCAUAUGGUGGCGUUGGUAUCUCUCUCUAAUCCUGGCUAUUGGGGCAUGAAUUUGGAGCAAGGAAAGAGGUACAAGGUGGUCUACCAUGUUAAAUCAGAAACAAAGUUUGAUUUUCAACUUUCAUUCACGGGUGUUGAUGUUAAGACAGUGGCAUCAAAUACCAGGGAAAUUCCUUUCUGUUUAGAAGACAUUGUAGAGAUUCUAUAGCCUAUGCUCAAUAAGCCAUAAAUCCACAUUUCGUAUUGAUUAAAAUAACUAAUACAUGGUCCUUGACAGGCAUGUUUUUGGAGAUAAAAAAUGGAAAAAGGUGGAGACAAUAGUGGAAGCAAAACAUACUAAUCACUGUUCAUGUCUUCAAAUAACCACAACCAGUGAAGGGACUUUCUUGUUAGACCAGGUGUCAGCUAUGCCAUUGGACACUAUUAUGGGCCAUGGCUUCAGAAAGGACCUUUUUUCAAAUGGUGGCAGAUUUGAAACCUAAAUUUCUCAGAUUUCCUGGUGGUACGUAUGUUGAAGGUGUUCAUCUGCAAAACAGAUAUCAGCGGAAAGAUACAAUAGGACCAUGGGAAGAGAGACCUGGACAUUUCGAUGAUAUUUGGAACUAUUGGAGCGAUGAUGGAAUUGGUUAUUUUGAAUAUCUCCGAGUGGUGCCACAAACAAGUUCACUAGAGAAUGCUGACAUGUACAUGAAUGUUACACUCUCUUCCUAUUCAGUGACAUCACUAGAUUUGCUAAUAUGAUCAGAAGCUAGUCACAACAUAGGAAUAGUUUCACUAAAACAAAAUGAAGACAAUAUUUUUUAUAAUAUUAUCAAGAUAUGUGAUAUAUUGUCAAAGAGUGGCAAAUGUUAUGUGGCCUUUCCUUUCUCCCAAGUUGUGCUGCAUUGGACCUGAUAUUCAUGGAAAAGUUGAACUAGUGGAAAUUUAUCUGGAAUGUUAUACAUAAAUUAAACCUGGAAACCUAAACUUGUUGGUAUGAACAAAAAAUAUAUACAGAUAGCGAUUGAAAGUAGAACUUCAUCCAUAUGUCAAUGAUGCUUAACUGCCAAAUGAUGUACCAUAUAUAGUUGAAAUCAAUGUUCUGAGGUAUUUGUUUAGACAUGAGAAUUUAUCAAAUCUAUGAUAUUGUUUAUUGGCUA